CAUUGUCAACUGUCAAAAAGUCGUCACCGCCGUUGCUCGGCGGUCGUCGACAUCUCAUUAAUUUUUAUAUUUUAGGGCACUCCUUGAGGGGCCGAUUAACUUAGUAGCAAUGCCGAAAAAGAAGACGGGGCAGCGCAAGAAGGCAGAGAAGCAGAAGAAGCGGCAGAAAGAGAUUCGUAACGCGCGCGAGCGUGUCGACCUGGCGCAGCACCCCUGUAACGUGCCUAUGGAGUGCGACAAGUGUCAGAAGAAGCAGAAGAGUCGUGCGUUCUGCUAUUUCUGUGCGGCCGUGCAGCGGCUGCCGGUGUGCGCCCACUGUGGAAAGGGCAAGUGCAUGGCCAAGGCGGGUGACUGCGUCGUCCGGCACCCUGGGGUCUACGUCACAGGCCUGGCCAUGGUGGGUGCAAUCUGUGACUUCUGCGAAGCAUGGGUUUGCCACGGGCGCAAGUGCCUAACAGCGCACGCCUGCACUUGCCCGUUAACUGAUGCCGUCUGUCUUGAGUGUGAGCGGGGCGUGUGGGAGCACGGCGGGCGCGUGUUCCGCUGCUGCUUCUGCGACGGUUUCCUCUGCGAGGACGACCAGUUCGAGCACCAGGCCUCCUGCCAGGUGCUGGAGGCGGAGACCUACAAGUGUCAAUCCUGCAACCGCCUGGGCCAGUACUCGUGCCUGCGCUGCAAGACGUGCUUCUGCGAUGAGCACGUGCGCCGCCGCGGCGCCGCGCCCAAGAAGGGGCCCCCUCCCUGUCCCAAGUGCGCGUAUCCUACGCAGCUCACGGCCGACCUCAGCAUGUCUACUCGGUCUCACCGCUACGGACGGCAGGGCACAGCGGCGGCGGACGACGAGGACGACGACGCCGGUUACGGUGGCUACUCGGGCUACGGCCAGGCUGCAGGUGGCUAUGGCGGUUCCGGCGACGAUUACGAUGACUCAGAGUCAGAUGACGACGAUGAUGAUGAUGACGAGUCAGAGGAGAGUCUGAGGAAGAACCAGCAGCGGAAUCAGCAGCUCCGGCCGCGGCCAAGACAUAAAUGCUAUCAAUUAAUAAAUGUUAUUUUAUGCUAUAUUAUUUGA